AUCAUGAAGAUCAAAUUAACAAUAGUUGCAGUGAUUUUGAGCGUUUCUUUCACAUUCGCCGAGCAUAAGCUGGAUGUUACCUCAGGAUGCCACAAGUACAGCGGUAAGGCAAAAGGAUACAAAAAAGCCCAUCCUUACUUCGAAACUGCCACAUUCAAACAUAUCGUCACCAGACCAGAUAACGUGACUGUACUACGCGUUGGAAUGAUCGGACGUAAGGACGGUCACAUUCGAUUGGCUCCAAAGCAGAAACCAUACAGAAAAACGCUGAUGCACGAAAUAGGAUUUGGAAGCGGACCUAAAAAAAAUACGGUAGCUCGCCGGUACAUUCGCAAGACUCCCAGCACGUACAGUAACCUUAAGAUUUUGAAAAGGGUUCCUGGUAACAACAUGCUGACCGUACAUCAUCCGCUUAUGUUGCAGCUGCUUUUCCACCCAGGAGGUAGAGUGGAAAUCAGGAAAGAUGGUGAAGAGAAACCACACAUGGAAUUCCUGGAUCAACAGUUAUCCUUCGCUUACAUGGGAUUCGCUGCUAUGAAGAGGUCGGUAGUGUUUUACUACGAUUGUCCAAUGCAAUCGUCCAACACAACCACUUCUUUCGAUAAACCAGACAUCCCAAGUCACUCUACCAAUCUCGACAACUCUACACUUCCCCACAACCCUGAGAAUCUCCACAACUCUACACUUCCUCAAAAUGCUGAAAAUACCCACAACUCUACAAACCUUCUGUAGCAUUUAAGAAGUUUUUCUCGAUUCAUUCUAUACCAAACAUAAAAGCUGUAAUCCCAGGUUAGGUUUUGUAAGACUAAAUAAAUUACCGAGCACUUUAUUGAACACAUCCCAACGAAAAAAUAAGUAAUCUUUCAACUUAAAUAGAUAAGAAAAACACCUUGAAAUGGCUGCAUAAUAGGUAACACUGUAAAAAUAUUUUUGUUGAAGAUUUAAAACCAGUUUUGGACAUCGAUGAUAAAAAAUUUAGACAUUACAAGAAAACUGAACCAGAAACUGUUAAAAUUUAUCUACAGAAUAAAACCAUUAAAAUUUAACAAAUUA